CUGGUUUUAGCAGACAGUGCUCUGUAGCGCCGACCUGAAGGCUUGGCAUACCAAAUUAAGAAGCCAGGCUGCAACCGGACUGUGUAAUUGCAUGACUAAGAAGAUUAGGUGAGAUUUACCUACCCAGCAGUCGUCAAGUGCUGUUCCCGCAAAGCUGGUGCAUAGCAACAGACAAGUCACGGGAAAAGCAUGACGUGAGGACCGUGUUUAAAAAUGUUAAAAAAUGACAGCAUACAUCCUACAGACAUUGUUUACAUGGACAUAUAAGGGGAUACUCUGCACUUGCAGGUUUCUGUGGAUAUGUCCAUACAAUGCAAUCAAAUUCCUACCCAGGCAAAAGCACAUCACAGAGGAGAAAACCAGACAGGUGACACGACAUGUGGUUUGUGAAAGCAAAGUUACCGUAGGCAUCCCAGGGAGCCCUGACCGUGUUAACGCACUCCACAAACGAGUGACCAAAACCGAGAGAGAGAUUCUGUCGAUCAAGACCAGGAUAGCCUGCGAGAGAGCAUCAUGGGAAAAGAGAUUUUCAGAGCUGCAAAGACAACAGGAAGAGCUGCGUAAUCAGGUUUUCUCUGAGGCGGAGAUACUGCUAAAUGUGGGAACCUACAAGGAGCAGAGAGACAAUGUAGAUGAUUUGGAUGAACAGUCAUGUGGUUUUUGCCAACACAGAAGAUCCAAAGUGUCAUCAAGAGGUGACAGCCACUCUUGCAAUUUGACAGAGAGCCAGGGAUUCUUGUCAACCCCAAUGAGUUCAAGAUCUUCUUCUUCCUUAUCUUCAGCCUUGAGUGUACGAUCCUGGAAAACGUCCCACGACCCACACAGGGUUUUUGUCCCUCACUCACCCAUGGACUUGCAACUGGGUCAUCGGGUUAAGAUCAUGCUGCCAUCUGGCCGGAUCAGCACAGGAACAGUUCGUUUCCUUGGGCACCUGCAGGGGGAGCCGGAGCUCCACCUUGGUGUGGAGCUGCAGAGUCAUGAUGCAACACUGUGUGACGGCAGUCACAAUGGGCAGGCCUACUUUGAAUGCAAACCGGGACAUGGAGCCUUUGUGCCAUUCCACAAGCUGCUGAUGGCCUGGGAAUAAAAAAAUCCCGUAUGUCAGGGAGAACCCUAAACACAUUAGUAAACCAGCUAUACAGAUAAGGUAGUUAAUCUCAUAAAUAACAUAUAAUCAAAUAAAUUUCGGUGUCUAAAAGAAUUAAGUACUAAAUAUGACAUAUACAUAUGACAGGUAAUGUGACAAUUGUGUGAUGUCACAAGAGAGACAUGAAAUCAAUAAUUUUUCAUGUAAAGCAACUUUUUUUUUAAAAAGAAAUAUGGUUUCAAGGCAAUAUGUAAAAGUUAAGAUGAAAAUAAAGUUGCUAUACACAAA